AUUGUUAUGGUUUGGAAGGGGAGUGUUUUGGCUGCUCUUGCUUUUGUAGUUAUUUUUGGAUCUUUGGAAUUGUUGUAUGUUACUGCUUGUUUUGGCAAAGUCCACAAGGGGUGCUAGCUUCCUCUGACAUUUUCCAUCGUCGUUCUUUCUGUUAUGUGUAUUUGGCACUAUGGGACUAUAAAGAAGCACUCCUUUGAGCAACAUAACAAGGGGUCCCUCCAAUGUUUGCUCACUUUGUCACCAACUUCCCUACCUGCCAGCGAAUCCUCAUAUUUGUUACCAUCCAAACCUUUACGGUUCCAAAAGUUCUUGUCAGUGAGCGAUUCUCUCACAUUGGCGUGCCAGAGUUUUGUUGUUUUUAAUGCAUUGUCCGGUAUGGUUAUAAGGAUGCCCAUGCUUUUGAGAAUCAACUACUUGAAACCACAGCCGAGUCUUUGUGCUGAUGUGAUUAUGAUUGCAAUGUUGAAACUUCUGGGGUGAUGACUAUGAUUGAUUCAAGCCCAGAAGUGGAUGCAGGCAACGUAAAACGAGAAUGGAGCUUUUUGCUGGGAGUAAUUGGAAGAGAGUAAGAUUUCGCAGCAUUGUAUGCAGUAAAGAAUUGCAGGAACUUGAGGAUGCUAGGGAAUCUGGUAUGGGGGCAAUACUUGUGUCUUGGCAACUGAUGCAUCUUCAUAUAUGAAGAAGUUUGUCGUCACCAUUGUAUACGGUUUCUUGAGAAGGAACUGCCGGCGAUCAGCAACUGCACUUGGUGUGCCUUACACAUCCCUGAUUGAAGUAGGAAUGGCUUAUCGAGUCUAGUCUCACAGAAAACCGGCAAAGUCUGGGCAUCAGUCCAAGCUUUACGUGAUCUUUUAUGUGAUUUGAAAUAGAAAUUCCAGUGGGUUUAUAAUUUUGAUUAGCGUAGUUUAUUUUUGUAUUGACAAAUGGCAAGUGAAAGCACAUAAAAUGAAG